CGCGGCGCAGGGAGCUGACCUGAGCCGAUGUGUGUUGGCUGGUGCCGCGGCGGCAGCAGCCAGGAGCACGCCGCCCGCCUCCGCCUCGGCGCGCGUCUUUUAUAAAACGCGCAGGCGCGCACCACCACGACUCCUCCCUCUUCCCCGACCCCUUGGCCGCCGAGCAGCGCAGAGCAUCGCACUAUGUUGCAAGCCAAAAUUAGUCGCAGCUUGCAGCGGCAACCUUUGCACACAAUCCUCCUCACGCCACCCCACCCGCAGCCUGCUGCUUUUUGCCUUCUCUGCUCCCCUAGGUUGGGAGAGUCUUUGCCAAGGGGAUAGCAAAAGAGAAAGUACUUGCACACCCCAGCAAGGCAACAGCGCCUGCUUUUUUCCUUCUUUUCUCUACCCUGUCCUCUCCUCUUCUGGUUUGGGUCCUCUCCGACUCCUCAUCAGUGGAGUUGAGUGCUAGGCAACAAGGGAGAGGAGUGAGGUACGCACCAGUGGACAAAGGAGACGUCGGAACAAGGAAGCCAAGGCUGAGGCAUGUGGGAUCUCAAUGACUCGCCGGCCACCGAGGCGACGCCGCUGUCCCCGUCGGCCGACGAUUCCGGCGCGUCCUCCUCGUCCGCGGCCGCGGUCGUCGAGAUACCCGACGACGCCGACGACGACUCUGUCGCCGCCGCCGGGGACGCCAUCGUCACGCGCCAGUUCUUCCCGACCCCGUCUGCCGUCGGCGCGGCGACCAGCUCGGUCAACGCGCGCGCGGGCUGGCUCCGCCUGGCCGCGGCCCCGCCGCCCGCCGCAGGCAACGGCACCACGGCCGGUGGCCCCGCAGCGGCGGCGUCCAAGAAGAACCGGCGCGGGCCGCGGUCGCGCAGCUCGCAGUACCGCGGCGUGACGUUCUACCGCCGGACGGGGCGGUGGGAGUCGCACAUAUGGGAUUGCGGCAAGCAGGUCUAUUUGGGCGGAUUUGACACCGCUCAUGCGGCGGCUCGGGCAUACGAUCGGGCGGCGAUCAAGUUCCGCGGUGUGGAGGCCGACAUCAAUUUCAGCUUGGAGGAUUACGAAGAGGACAUGAAGCAGCAAAUGAGUAACCUGAGCAAGGAGGAGUUCGUCCACGUGCUCCGGCGGCAGAGCACGGGGUUCCCCCGGGGCAGCUCCAAGUACAAAGGCGUGACGCUCCACAAGUGCGGGAGAUGGGAGGCGCGUAUGGGCCAGUUCCUCGGCAAGAAGUACGUCUACUUGGGCCUGUUCGACACCGAGGAGGAAGCCGCCAGGGCGUACGACCGCGCUGCCAUCAAGUGUAACGGCAAGGACGCGGUGACAAACUUCGAUCCCAGCAUUUACGCCGAGGAGUUGGAGCCGGCAGCGGCGACGGGCGAUGGUGAGCACAACCUGGACCUGUCGCUGGGGAGCUCGGCGGGGAGCAAAAGGGGCAGCCUUGACGGAGGUGGCGGCGACGACGUGAGCUCGGACCAGCGCGUCCCCAAGGCCUUCGACCUCGACUGGCAGACAGCCGCGGCUCGGAGCACCAAAGCCAAGUUCGGCGCGACCUCGAAGCAACCCCAGAUGCCUCCUGCUUUGCAAGUCUCCCACCACCUGCCGUUUAACCCCAGUCAUCACCAAUUCCAGAGCAACGGCAAUCCGGGGACACCGGGAGGCCUGUCGCUAACGAUCGGCGGCGCGGGCGGCGGAGGCGGGCACUGGCCUCCCCAGCAGCAGCAGCAGAGGCUGCACGGCUGGGGCAACGGCGGUGGAACGAGCUGGCCGCUGCCGCUGCCGCCGCCGCCGCACCCGCCACCACCGACCAACGCCGCCGCAGCUGCAGCAUCAUCACGAUUCCCACCCUUCGUUACGACGCAAGUCCCGAGCUGGGUUCAGAAGAAUGGAUUCCACUCCCUGACCAGACCCAGCUAGAUCAAGAAGAGUGAGCAUUCAUCAGUCGUCUUCCAUGGAAAAGAUCAUUCGACACCCAGUGAAGCGGAGGAAAUGAUUCCUCAACCCAGGAGGCCACGACGAACGAUUACCAGAAAGAACUGGAUUCGAUUCUUUCCCUGUUCUCUUUUGUUAUUGCCCUUUUUCUUCUCUGUUUCUUGAUUGGGUGAGAGAGAGGGAUUUGAGGACGGAUGGAUGGGCAUGUAAACGAGGAGACCCCUAGAAGACGAGCGAGUGAUUCGCCUCAAGCAGUGUAUCUUUUGGCCUCCUUACCCUUUUCACCAUUGGCCAGCAACGAUGCUAUUGGGUGUCAACAUCA